AUGGAAGCCGCCGACGAGCUGAAGCGUGCACGUGGCGGCGGCGGCGGCCUUGGGCAUUCCGUGGACCGGCUGAGUGCACUGCCGGACGACAUCCUGCACGCCGUCCUUUCGCGCCUCAAUGCCCGGCAGGUCGUGCGGACGUGCGUGCUGUCCACGAGGUGGAGGCAUCUCUGGCGCUCCGUGCCCUGCCUCCGCAUCGACCAGCGGGAGUUCCAUGCCGCCGACGGCUCCCUUGCCGAGCGGCAGCAGUUCAAGAACUUCACCCACAUCCUGCUGCACCGCCAUGACGUCGCGCUCCUAGAAGAUUUUCGUCUCCUCGUGCACCAUGGUAGUGAUAUGCCUCACUAUGACGACAGCUGGGUCCGCCGCGGCAUAAGUCAAGAUGAGACAUGGCCAUGUCGGCUCAAAAAAUUGCACCUUACCAACGUGUUUUUGGAUGGUUAUUUCUUGAGGCACAUCAAUUCGCGGUGCCCUGCUCUGGAGGACAUGAAACUGGAAAACUGCAGCUACUUGCUCACCGAUGAUACUAGCAUCUCCUCCCCCUCGCUGAAGAAAUUGGUUAUCAUCGGGUUCCGCCGUUCAUCACUGGAGAGCUUUUUUUGCCAUUUGAUUUUGGAGGCUCAUGCUCUUGCUUCCCUCGGCCUGGAAGGGGGUUAUUUUGAUAUCAUCGAUACAUGCCUGCCAAAUUCCAUGCCAUCUCUUGUCGAUGCAUCAAUCCGUCUGACUGAGAGCGAGGAGUUCAACUACAACAACGAUGGACAUAACUACCAGAUUCGGAAGCAAUUGUCUUUCCUCGAAGAGCUUUCCAACGUGACCAGUUUAAGUUUGGCUCGUUUCGGGGUCAUGUUUCUUGUCAUUGAUGAUGAUGCUGGUCAUUACUUCCCUGAGUUCAAAAACCUCAAGAAAUUGUCCCUGGUCGAGUGUGAUAUCAGUGAUGACUUCCUCACGCUGGAGCAUUUCCUGCGGAACUCGCCUGAGCUGGAGAAGCUCACUUUGCGCUGUUGCAAGCUCUCGGAUUCCAGACCUAAAAGAUCUAGAAAGAGGAUAAUGGAAAAGGCUCACUCAUAUUCCAAUGGCAUGGCAAGUAUUGAGUGCAAGAACCUCAGGCUCACUGAAGUCAUAUAUGACGAUGAUGAUGUCCACCUAUUAGUCAAGUUUUUGUUGGGCAUGUCGAAGAAUAUGCCAAACAAUAAGAUCGAGAUCACUAAAUUUGAUUAG